GGGUGGGGACAGGUUCGGCUUUGGCUGAAAUCGGGUAUUGGGAAAGGGGCUCCCUGAUGCCAUCAGUCCCCGGUUUUGGGGGAGUUGAAUAAAUAAGCUUUUUGGGGGAUUGGUAUUUACCAGGUGGUGGAGUGGGGACCAUCCCUGGGGCCAUGUGUCCCCGAGGCUUUGGUCUGUUGAGGGCUACUCUCUUGGGGCACCACUAUUCUUCGGCUUUGCUGGAGUGGAAUGAGGAGCGGUCUGGCUUGACCAAACAAGCCAGGGUUAGACUGGAUCUGGGGUGGCCAUUUUGCCACGAUCUUAGGGUUUCACUUUGGUUGGUCACCCCCGGGUUCGGGCCUUGGAGGAGGAAGUCUGGCUGGGACCCACAGGACAGGUUUUUUCCAAAGGUCCCGGGGACCGUCAUUGAUCACAAGAAUUACGGAUUCCCAGGCCCCUGGUGUGGCCAGGCUUUGGGAUUUUACAUUCCAUUUAAGUUUUUAUUGCGGAGAAAUUUCAAACAGCCAGAAGAAGAUAGAACUCUAUAGACCAGAUCUCCAUCACCCAGAUUCAACACUUAACACCUUAUGACCAGUCUUGAUUCAUCUCAGAAUGGACACAGAGAAUCCUUGCAAUCCAGAGUUCACCGUCACUGCCCUUACUGUGUAAGAGCACGGCCUCCACAGCCACAUUUCAUCGAGGCUCUGUGACUUUAUAGCUGUGUCACCUUGGGCAAGACGCUGGCUUCACUGUACCUCAGUUUCCUCGAUUUUAUCUUAAAAAGGAUAAUAGCAUCUAUCGCAUUGGGUUGUUGAAAGGAUAGAAUGAGGUGAAAUUCCUACAGUGGCUGUAACAGUCUCUGGUGUAUACUAAGUGCUCAGUAAAUAUUACCUUUCAUUAAUAACAGGCACAGAGAAGGUCACUUCAUGCUCAGCGUUAACAGCAUAUCAGGGCAGGUCGUGCUUUCAACCUGUAUCCCAGCUGUGUUCCCAGGAAGCUGCCCACAAUUCUUUUCUCCUUUUCUUCUGUGGCAAGUUCAUUCCUGAUGCCGUUAAGGAAGAGGAGGUACUGCCCUGCUGGAGUUUGAGGAUUUCCCUUGAUUUUCUUGAACGCUUUUUGUUCUUGUUCUGCCUCCCUGUGGCUCCUGUCUGCCCCGAGAGGACUGCCUGCUGGGGAAGGGGGUACUCCUGAGCUCCUGACAGCCCAGCUUCAGAUCUACCUUCUGAGAUAUCAUCCUUCUUUAGGGAGACAAGGAAAAAAAGCCACAGGGUCCCAGAGAGCCAGGGGAAUGCUUCGAAAGUUCUACUGCCUGAGAGUAACAUCACAGUAAUGGAAUGGGAAGAUUCUGGAAUCUGCGUCCCCACCUAGACAACGAUUAUACUGGCAGAAUCUGUCAGGUGUACCUAUUUUGGAACUCUGGAGUCUAGUUGAAGGCCUCCAGUUCCCAGGGGGAAGGAAGCAUAGAGGGUAAGUCACAGCUAAUUUUAGCUCUUAGUAUAGUAGCAGCUACAUAUCAUCCACCCUGCCAGCCCUAUGGCAGGUAGCUGUCCUAUAUUCCUAGAUCAGCUUCUACAUGGCUUGUGGGAGACAUGGUGGACAAUAAGGACCCUUUACUCCAAAUAUUGAGGAUCUGUGUUCUGAUUGUUAAUUGCUGUUUCUGAUCACAGAGGUGGUCCACUUAAAUCCUCUGAAAGCUACUUCAGCCAAUUGCAACCCCCCACUGGCUAAAGUGGCUUUUAGGGGAUUUAAGGAGCCAGAGUCUGUUUUUUCCCACUGAAGUUCUCUUUUUCCCCUUUGAGAGCCAAAUAUUUGAGGACUAGUAUAUUGAAAAGCAACUGCGUAUGGGGGAAUGUAGAAGGUAUACCCAUGGAAAGGCACAGGCUCAGAAAACACCUGAGAAGACCUUAAGUUUACACCUCAGGCUGAUUCCUAGCAUGGAGACACCCCACAUCAAUAUAAAAAAAAAUACAAACAAAAGGGAGACUCUAACAGAGUUGCUGCUUUAUAAGAUUUAAAUGUCCAGGUCCAGUUUUUGACAAAAAUCAUAAGGUAUACAAAGAAUGAGGAAAAUAUGACCCAUUCAAAGGGGAAAAAAAUGAAUAAACUGAAAACAUCCCUGACAAAGGCUCGAUAGUACUUACUAAACAAAGACUUUAAAACAGCCAUCUUAAAGAGCUAAAGGAAGAUGUGGAGAAAGUCAAGAAAACAAUGUAAGAACAAAAUGGAAAUAUCAAUAAACAGUCAGAAAACAUAAAAAUAAACCAAAAAUAAAUUUUGGAUUUAAAAAGUACAACUGAAAAGAAAAGUUCAUUAGAGGGAUUCAGAAGUGGAUUUGAGCAGACAGAAGAAUCAGCAAACCAGGAGAUAGGACAAUUAUCAAGUCUGAGGGACACAGACAAACAGAUUAAAGAAAAGUGAACAGAGCCUAAGGGAACUAUGGGAUACUAUUAAGUGGAUCAACUAUGCCUUAUGGGAUUCCCAGGAGAAGAGGAAAAAGGGACAGAGAGAUUGUUUGAAGAAAUAAUGGCUGACAACUUCCUAAGUUUGAUGAAAGACUUGAAUAUAAACAUCCAAGCAGCUCAAUGAACUACAAGUAGGAAAACCUCAAAAGGACUCACACUGAGAAACAAUGUGAUCAAACCAUCAAAAGCCAAAGGUGACAGAAGGGAUUUUUGAAAGCAGCAAGAGAAAAGCAACGCUACAUACAAGGGAUCCUCAAUAAAAUUAUUAGCAAAUUUCUUAUGAAAAACCUCUCGGGCCAGGAGUCAGUGGGUUGAUAUAUUCGAAGUGCUAAAAGAACACAAACAAACAAAAAAGCCUGCCAACCAAGAAUUCUGUAUCUGGCAAAACUGCCCUUCAUUACUGAGGCAGAAAUUAAGGCAUUCUCAGAUAAGUUCGUGGAGAUUACAACCACUAGACCUACCCUAAAGAAAUAUUAACAAGAGUCUUUCAGGUUGAAAUAAAAGGAUGUUAGACAGUUACGUGAAGCCCUAUAAAAAAAUUAAGUUAUCCAUUAAAGGUUAAUACACAGGUAGUAAUAUAAGCUAGUAUUACUGUAACUGUGCUUUGUAACUUCACUUUUUGUUCUCUGUAUGAGACUUAGGAGACUACUGCAUUUAAAAAAAAAUAGUCUAUGUUUUUGACCACACAGUGCAUAAAGAUGUAAUUUUGUGACUUGUGACGUCAGUAAUGAGUUGGAGAUGGAGCUGUAUAGGAACACAGUUUUUAUAUGCUAUUGAAGUUAAGCUGAUGAGUUCAAAUUCGGUUUUUAAAGUUUAGGACAUUAAGUGUAAUCCCCUUGGUUACCACAAAGAAAAUAGCUGUAGGAUGUAGAGAAAAGCAAAUGAGACAGGAAUUUAAAAGUUGCAUUAAAAAAACAAAGACAAAAAAAGGACAGUAAUACAGGAAAUUAAGAAUAAAAAUCUGCAAGACAUGUAGAAAACAAAAAGCAAAAUAGCAGAAAUCAGUCCCUCCUUAUCAGUAAUUAUUUUAUAUGUGAAUGCUUUAAACUUUUAAACAAUUUGGCAUAGUGGAUUUAAAAAAAAAUGAUCUAACUAUAUGCUGUCUACAAGAAACUCACUUUAUAUCCAAAGGCACAAAUAGUUUCAAAGUAAAAGAAUGGAAAAAGAUGUUUCAUGCAAAUAGAAACCAAAGAGAGUAGGAGUGGCUACAUUAAUACCAGAAAAAAUAGGCUUUAAAUUGAAAAAGGUUACAAGAGAUAAAGAAGACAUUAAUAUAAAAGGUUUACUACAGCAAGAAGAUAUAAAAAUUAUACACAUAUACCUCAUAACAGACCCAUAAAAUAUAUAAAGAAAAGUGGGCAGCAUUAUAGGGAGUAGAGUUUUAUAAUAAUAAUUGGAGAUUUCAGUACCCCACUCUAAAUAAUGGAUAGAACAAUAAGAAAGACAAUAAGUAAAGAAAUAGAAGACUUGAACAAGGUGUAAAUCAAAUAGAUAUAAUAGACAUAUUCCAAACAUUGUACCCAACAAAAAUAGAAUUCACAUUCUUCUCAAGUACACAUGGGACAUUUUGCAGGAUAGACUACAUGUUAGGCCACAAAUUAAGACUGAUAUCAUAAGAAGUAUCUUCUACCACAACAAGAUGAAGCUUGAAACCAAUAACUGAAAGAAAAUUUAGAAAUUCACAAAUACAUGAAAGUUAAAGAACAUACUCUUAAACCAGUAGGUAGAGGAAUAAACUACAAGGGAAAUUAGACCAUACUUAGAGUCAAGUGAGAAAGAAACACAACAUAGGAAAACUUAUGAAAUGAAGUAAAGUGCUAGGAGGGAAAUUUUUAGCUGAAAUACAUUAGAAAGCAAAAUCUCCAAGGAACAACCUAAUUUUACAACUUAGGGAACUAGAAAAAGAAGAACAAACUAAACCUAAAGCUAGCAGAAGGAAGGAAAUAAUAAACACUGGAGCAGAGUCAAAUAAAAUAGAGAAUAGAAGGAUAAUAGCAGAAAGCAACAAAACUUAAAGUUGGUUCUUUGAAAGGAUUAAAUAAAUUGACAAACCUUUAGCUUUAUUGGCUAAGAAAACUCAAAUUACUAAAAUCAGAAAUGAAAGUGAGGACAUUACUAUUGUUUCUACAGAAGUAAAAAGGAUUGUACAAGAGAACUAUGAAUUGUGUGCCAACAAAUCGGAUGCCCUAGAUGAAGUGGGCAAAUUCUUAGAAUGCAAAACCUAUCAAGACUGAAUCAUGAGGAAAUCGAAAUUUUGAAUAAGUGUAUAACUAGUGAGGAGAUUGAAUUAGUAAUCAAAACCGUCCUGAUAAAGAAUCAGGUCCUCCUGCACGUAAUGACUUUGCUGGUGAAUUCUGCCAAACAUUUAGAGAACUAACACUAGUUCUUCUCAAACUUCUCCAAAAAUAUUGAAGAGGAGGGAAUACUGCCUGACCCAUUCUGUGAGGCCAGCAUUACUCUGAUACCAAAACCAGACAAAGACACUAUAAGAAAAUUAUAUCAUUUAUAACAUUGAUGCAAAAAAUUUCAACAAAAUACUAGCAAACCGAAUUCCACAAGCAUUUGAAAAGAAUUAUACACCAUGACCAAGUGGAAUUUAUUCCGGAAAUGCAGGAUUGUUCAACAUACAAAAAUAAAUGGGUAUAUGGCCGGGCACAGUGGCUCACACCUGUAAUCCCAGCACUUUGGGGGGCUGAGGUGAGUGGAUCACCUGAGGUCAGGAGUUCGAGACCAGCCUGGCCAGCAUGGUGAAACCACAUCCGUACUAAAAAUACAAAAAAAUUAGCCAGGCAUGGUGGCACGUGCCUGUAAUCCCAGCUACUCUGGAGGCUGAGGCAGGAGAGUUGCUUGGACCCAGGAAGCAGAGCUUGCAGUGAGCCAACAUUGCGCCUCUGCACUCCAGCCUGGGCGACAAGAGCAAAAACUCUGUCUCAAAAAAAAAAAAAAAAUCAAUGCAUAUAAAAUAUCACAUUAACAGAUGAAAGAAAAAAAACACAUGAUCAUCUCAAUGCAGAAAAGUAUUUGACAGAAUUUAGCGCCCUUUUAUAGAAAAUAACUAGAAAUAGAAGGAAACCACUAUAUAAUGUCAUAUGCAAAAAUCUCACAGCUGACAUACUCCAUGGUGAAAGACUGAAAGCUGCAACAUCAGCAAUAAGGCAGCAAUGCCCACUUUUGCCACUUACAGCCAACAGAGUAUUGGAAGUGUUAGCCAGAGAAAAUAAGCAAGAAAAAGGAACAAAUGCCAUCUGAAUGGGAAAAAGUGAAGUUAUCUGAGUUUGCAGGUGGCGUGAUCUGAAAUGUGGAAGACCCUAAAGACUAAACACACACAAACCUAUUAGAACUAAUAUAUGAAGUCAACACACAGAAAUCAGUUGCAUAUCUAUACACUAACAGUGAACAAUCCUAACAGAAAAUGAGGAAAACAAUUUCGUUUAAAAUAGCAUCAAAAAGAAUAAAAUGCUUAGGAAUUAACCAAGGAGAUGAAAGACAUACACUGAAAACUACAAAAUACUGCUGAAAGAAAGAUGUAAAUAAAUGGAAAGACAUCACAUGUUUGUAGACUGGAAAACUAUUUUUUUUUUUUUUUUGAGACGGAGUUUUGCUCUUUUGCUCAGGCUGGAGUGCAGUGGCAUGAUCUUGGCUCACUGCAACCUCCACCCCCCAGGUUCAAGCGAUUCUCCUGCCUCAGCCUCCCAAGUAGCUGGGAUUAUAGGCGCUGCCACCACACCUGGCUAAUUUUUGUAUUUUUAAUAGAAACGGGGUUUCGCCAUGUUGGCCAGGCUGGUCUUGAACUCCUGACCUCAGGUGAUCCACCUUCCUCAGCCUCCCAAAGUGCUAGGGUUACAGGUGUGAGCCACCGCACCUGGCCAGAAAACUUAAUAAUGUUAAAAUAAUAAUACUACUCAAACUAAUCUACAGAGUCAAUAUAAUCCCUAUAAAAAUAACAAUUUUUUUAAGAAAUAGAAAAAUUCAUAUUAAACUUGAUAUGGAAUCUCAAGGGACACUGAAUACCUAAAACAAUCAUGAAAGAGAACCAAGUUGGAGGACUUACAGUUCCUUAUUUCAGAAUUUACUACAAAGCAACAGUAACCCAAACUGUGGUACUGGCAUAAAAACAGACUUACAGACUAAUAGAACAGAAUAGAGAGCCCAGAAAUAAACCCUUGCAUAUAUGGUCAAUUGAUUUUUGACAAGAGUGCCAAGACCAUUCAAUAUGAAAAAGACUAUACUCAACAAACGCUAUUGGGCAAACUGUAUAUUUAUAUGCUGAAGAAUGAAGUUGAACCCUUACCUAACACCAUAUACACAAAUUAACUGAAAAUGGAUCGCAGACCUAAACAUAAAUGUGAAAACUAUAAAAUUUGUAGAUGAAAACCUAGGCGAACAUCUUUAUAACAUUGGAUUUGGUGAUGAUUUCUUGGAAAUAACACCAAAACAUAGGCAAUAAAAGAAAAGAAUAGUGAACUUGGACUUCAUCAAAAUUUAAAACUUUCAUUCAUCAAAGGAAGGCAAUGUAUUUGCAAGUCACAUAUCUGAUAAGAGAUUAAUAUUUAGAAUAUAUAAAGAACUCCUGCAGUUUAACAACAAUAGAAGAACACCCCAGCUUAAAAAUGGACAAAGGAUUUGAAGUCAUUUUUGCAAAGAUAUACAUGAGGCCAAUAAGCACCUGAAAAGAUGUUCACUAUCACUCACAUUAGGAAAAUACAAAUGAAGACCACAAUGAGAUACCACCUUAUACCAAUUAGUAUGGCUAUUACUUUAAAAAACCCCAAAACUAGAAAGCAGUAAGUGUUGACAAGGAUGUGGAGAAAACAGAACCCUUGUGCACUGCUGGUGGGAAUGCAAAAUGGUACAGCUGCUGUGGAAAACAGUGUGGUGGUUCCUAUAGAAUUGCUGUUUGAUCCAGUAAUUCCACUUUUGAGUGUAUACCCAAAAGAGCUGAAGGGACUCCAACAAAUAUUUAUACAACCGUGUGCAUGGAAGAAUAGCCAGAAGCUAGAAACAAACCAAACGUCUAUUAACAGAUGCAUAAACAAAAUGUAGUAUAUACACACAAUGGAGUAUUAUUUAGUCUUAACAAGGAAGUAAAUUCUGAGUGCAUGCUUCUACAUGGCUAAAUCUUGAAGACAUGCUAAGUGAAAUAAGUCAGACACAAAAGGACAUAUAUGAUUCCACUUAUUGUAGCUACAUAGAAUAACCACAUAUAUAAUGGAGACAGAAAGCAAAAUGGUCACUACCAGGAUCUAGCUGGAGGAAAGAAUGGGAAGUUACUGUUUAAUAGUUACAGUGUUGCAGUGUGGGAUGAUGAAAAAGUUCUGGAUUCUACCAGUAGGUGGCUUUUAUUCCUCCUAGGGGGCCCUCCCUGCCUACAUUUUGGCUUUGUCUUCCUUUGCUCAUAAUGUCCUUGUCCCUGCUCCCCACAUGCCUCAUCUGUAGUUCCUAGCACUUUCUUCUUCCCUUGAUUCCAACCCAUUCUCCAAGACCAAGUUGCCACGCCCUGUCUUAGAAAACCCUUUCUAAUCUCUAUUCCAGUGUGUCCUCCAUUUGGAAAUAGUGCUAAGAAAAUUAAAAGAAUAAAACUGGGCAGGGACAUGAGAAUAGGAUGCAAAGAUGAAUUUUUGGACUGAGUGGCCAAGAAGCUCCAUGGUGAGCACUCACAGUCUAAGGCUGGAAGUUUAAUGAACUGUUUUCUACAUUUCACAGUUUUGUCUUACAGGCACACAUGGCAUUCAGGGAUGUGGCUGUGGAUUUCACCCAGGAUGAGUGGAGGCUGCUGAGCCCUGCUCAAAGGACUCUGUACAGAGAGGUGAUGCUGGAGAACUACAGCAACCUGGUCUCACUGGGAAUUUCAUUUUCUAAACCAGAACUCAUCACCCAGCUGGAGCAAGGGAAAGAGACCUGGAGAGAGGAGAAAAAAUGUUCACCGGCAACCUCUCCAGAUCAUCAAGAAUAUGGAAACAACUGUGACCUAAAGAAAGAAGCAGAUCCAGAGCCAGAGCUCUACCUCGAUCCUUUCUGCCCUCCGGGUUUCUCCAGUCAGAAAUUCCCCAUGCAGCAUGUGCUGUGUAAUCAUCCCCCCUGGAUCUUCACAUGCUUGUGUGCAGAAGGUAACAUCCAGCCUGGGGAUCCGGGCCCAGGGGACCAGGAGAAGCAGCAACAAGCCUCUGACGGGAGACCCUGGAGUGAUCAAGCAGAAGGUCCCAAGGGAGAAGGUGCCAUGCCUUUGUUUGGAAGAACAAAGAAAAGGACUCUGGGAGCGUUCUCCAGGCCACCCCAGAGGCAGCCAGUCAGCUCUCAGAACAGCCUCAGAGGGGUGGAGUUAGAAGCCAGCCCAGCUCAGACAGGGACCCCUGAGGAAACAGACAAAUUGUUGAAGAGGAUAGAAGUCUUAGGAUUUGGAACAGUCAACUGUGGAGAGUGUGGACUUAGCUUCAGCAAGAUGACAAACCUGCUCAGUCACCAGCGGAUACACUCAGGGGAGAAGCCCUACGUGUGUGGGGUAUGUGAGAAGGGCUUCAGCCUAAAGAAGAGCCUCGCCAGACACCAGAAGGCACACUCGGGGGAGAAGCCGAUUGUGUGCAGGGAGUGUGGACGAGGCUUUAACCGGAAGUCAACGCUAAUCAUACACGAGCGGACACACUCCGGUGAGAAACCUUACAUGUGCAGUGAGUGUGGGCGAGGCUUCAGCCAAAAGUCAAACCUCAUCAUACACCAGAGGACACACUCGGGGGAAAAGCCUUACGUGUGCCGGGAAUGCGGCAAAGGCUUCAGCCAGAAGUCAGCUGUCGUGAGACACCAGAGGACACACUUGGAGGAGAAGACCAUCGUGUGCAGUGACUGCGGCCUGGGCUUCAGCGACAGGUCAAACCUCAUCUCCCACCAGAGGACGCACUCUGGGGAGAAGCCCUACGCCUGCAAGGAGUGUGGGCGAUGCUUCAGGCAGAGGACCACCCUUGUCAACCACCAGAGGACACACUCAAAGGAGAAGCCCUAUGUGUGCGGGGUGUGUGGGCACAGCUUCAGCCAGAAUUCAACCCUCAUUUCUCACAGGCGGACGCACACCGGGGAGAAGCCGUAUGUGUGUGGGGUGUGUGGGCGAGGCUUUAGUCUCAAGUCACACCUCAACAGACACCAGAACAUACACUCAGGGGAGAAGCCCAUUGUGUGCAAGGACUGUGGCCGGGGCUUCAGCCAGCAAUCCAACCUCAUCAGACACCAGAGGACGCACUCGGGGGAGAAGCCCAUGGUGUGUGGGGAGUGCGGGCGAGGCUUCAGCCAGAAGUCAAACCUUGUUGCACACCAGAGGACGCACUCAGGGGAGAGGCCGUAUGUGUGCCGGGAGUGCGGGCGAGGCUUUAGCCACCAGGCCGGUCUCAUCAGGCACAAGCGGAAGCACUUGAGGGAGAAGCCCUACGCGUGCAGGCAGUGUGGACUGGGCUUUGGCAAUAAGUCAGCUCUAAUCACACACAAGCGGGCUCACUCAGAAGAGAAGCCUUGCGUGUGCAGAGAGUGUGGCCAAGGCUUUCUCCAAAAGUCACACCUCACCUUACAUCAAAUGACACAUAAGGGGGAGAAGCCGUAUGUGUGCAAGACGUGUGGGCAGGGCUUCAGCCUCAAGUCUCACCUCAGCAGACACAGGAAGACCAAGUCUGUCCACCACAGACUGCCACUGCAGCCCGACCCUGGGCCGUGUGCGGGGCAACCUUCCAAUUCCUUAUACUCUCACUGAAGGCAGAGAUAGGGACAAGGACUAAGAGUCAGAAUGUUGACACUUUGAUGAAAUGGAGUAGAGAAAUGCAUUCUGUAAGUGGUCAUAGGACAUUUGACUGUUUACUUUCUCCACUUAAGUCUUCUCCAUGUUUUGUGGCCUUCGGUUGUAAUAAACUUGGCUUCUUUAUACAUCUGUAA